UUUUUUUUACGUAAAGUCUUAUGAGAUAAGUAUUUGUGGGACAGAUCUGGGGCCAGAACCACACAGUUAAACCAGAUUCAUGAAAUGAAUGUAUGGUAGGAGACUAAUUUAUCUGCAUCUUUGACAUCCUGCCUGCAAACUGUUCACUAACCUUUUUUUUUUUCCCCUGGGAUUAUGAUCCUAUUCCAGGCUUCUGGAGACCACUUGAGACCUCUGCUAACUUGUACAGCAGCUUGCCAGAGAAAGAGAGUUGGUUGGAAACAAAACUCUGCUUUCCUGCUUGAUACUUUUUUUUCUAAGAUGCAUUACAGCUCUAAGAUACUCAUUCAAAGUGACUAUAUUUUCCAGUGAUGUAGAGUUGAAGCUUCUCUAUCUCAGUUAAUGAGGCUAUCUGGCAUUUAACAAGCAACAAGAACUGAUAGAUCCUCCUAUUUUCCAUAUGGCAGUCUUGACAUAGAUGAGCUAAACUCACCUUGUACCGUUUUGAUCUUAAAUAGUUUGUUGAAACUAGGGAAAAAUGAUCGGUUUCCUGACCUAACUACCUCUUGAGGUUUAAUUUUUAAUUGUGUACUGAUCUCUGGUGUGUUAAUCACGGAAAAGGCUAAGGUUGGUACUGUAGGUAUCCUGUGUGUGCCAAUAUGUGCAGUUGACUGCCAGCACAGUCACACCAGUGUACGUGUGUUGCUAUCUUUUAUAUAGAUAAAAUCCCAAAAGGGGACAAUUUUGUUUUAGAAUUUAAAAAAUGCUCUUUUUUUUUUUUUCCUAAUUUAGUGUAUACCUUUUCUAAGUAUUCUUUGCUUCUCUAUCCACCUCACCUGCCACACAGCUUCUCUCUUUCCCUUACUGAACUGCGUGGACAACCUGUCCCAGUGUCCACAGGGUAGGAAACCUGGACUGAGACCCAUGCUUGGAGGCAGCCUCUCCAGUGAUGGCACUCUCAAUGAUGUAGCCUCAGAAUUGAAUCUGAUGCAGAUGCAUUUAAAAUUCUCCUGGAGAUGAAGUUGAAGAAGAGGCAGAAAAAGCCUGCUUUACCAAGCACUGUGACUGAGCUUGACACUGAGGAUGGUUCUAAAGUGUAUGUGGUUGGAACAGCUCACUUCAGUGACAGCAGCAAAAAGGAUGUAGUAAAGACAAUACAAGAAGUGCAGCCUGAUGUAGUUGUGGUGGAACUAUGCCAGUACAGAGUUUCUAUGUUAAAGAUGGAUGAAAAGACAUUACUAAAAGAAGCCAAAGAAAUAAAUUUGGAAAAACUUCAACAAGCUAUAAAGCAGAAUGGAGUCAUGUCUGGAUUGAUGCAAAUGCUGCUUCUGAAGGUUUCUGCUCACAUCACAGAACAGCUGGGAAUGGCCCCAGGAGGAGAAUUCAGGGAGGCUUUCAAAGAGGCCAGUAAAGUACCCUUCUGUAAAUUCCAUCUUGGUGACCGACCCAUCCCUGUUACAUUUAAGAGAGCAAUUGCUGCACUUUCCUUCUGGCAAAAAGUCAAGCUUGGUUGGGGCCUUUGCUUCUUGUCUGACCCAAUCAGUAAAGAUGAUGUGGAGAAAUGCAAACAGAAGGAUUUACUGGAGCAGAUGAUGGCAGAAAUGAUUGGAGAAUUCCCUGAUCUUCAUCGAACGAUUGUCUCAGAACGAGAUAUUUACUUGACAUACAUGCUGAAGCAAGCAGCAAAGCAGAUAGAACUACCUCGAGCUUCAGAAAAUGAGCCUAGAAGGUAUAUCCCAGCUGUUGUAGUUGGUGUUGUUGGCAUGGGUCAUGUACCUGGAAUUGAGAAGAACUGGAAUUCUGACUUAAAGAUCCAGGAAAUAAUGAGUGUGCCUCCUCCAUCAACUUCAAGUAAGAUUUUCAAAUUUGUCUUAAAAGCAACAGUUUUUGGACUGCUGGGAUACGGCUGCUACCGAAUAGGUCACAGGACAGUUCAGUUUGUUCUCUCAAUGCCAGCAGCACAGAGCUAUCUUCAGAGGCUGACAGAGGUGCCUCAGCAUUGAACAUCCAGUGGAGGCACUGUGUGAAGAAAGGGGCUGAAAAAAGGGUGAUAGAGGCAACUCGUGAACUGGACUGAAAGAAGAUGAGGAUUCCAGUCAGAGCUGAUUGAUGCUGAGCAAUGUCAAUCACUAUAUAGUAAAAGAUUUGAUACUAAAGUCACACCAGCUAUGACCUAAUUAAUAGUUUUGAUUCCUGGUAAGUGUGUUGCAUGAAACCAGAUGAUUCCAGAUUGAGCUAAAAGAAAUGUGUAUGCAGAUAUAUAUAUUAUAUAUGCAUACUGUAUAUAUAAUAUAUAUAUUACUGAUGAUGUAGUACAGGCAGCUUAAAGAGUGUGUGUUCACGACUUCUUUUCCAGAGGAACAGAACAACACCAAGUAACCUAAAUCAGCUGCAUCUCUGCCGAAGUUCAGGGACACUUGUCUUGAGUGAUUCUUUGCUUUUAUUUUCUUAGGUAUAAUAAUACCAAGUGGUUGUUUCUGGUGCCAGACACUUUUACACAUAAUUUAAAAGGACAUCUUCUCAAUGUGUGUUUUAUACGUAAAACAUUUAGGCUUUUUUUUUUAAAUUCAAGAGCUUUCCAGGAAUUUCAGAGUUGUACAGGCUGUCAUACGUACACUGCUCAAAUUUUUUACAAGCCUUAUUGAAGAACAGGAACGUUGCCUUUAGAUUGCAUCCCUCAUUACCAUCAUCAGUUGAAUUGUCUUUCUUCUGCAUAGAGAAGGAAUAGCCACCCCAUCAGAAUGCAAUGUGGUUUGUGUCAGAUGUUUACAGGACACUCUGUUCCUUUAGAUUAGCUUAUUUAAACUGUAUUAUUUAGCCACAUCCUGCUGGAUUCAGUAUUGUAAAUUUAAGAGGCUAGAACUACUGUACAAUUUACUUUUGUUUCUCAGACCUUUCAUAUUUGGGUAAGAAGUCUGGAAUUGAUAGUACCUGCCCCUCAUUUUUGAUACAUGAAAAUAUUUUAUUUAUCAAUGUAAUUUCUCGGUGGAUGAAUAUUUGAAUCUAUUUAAUAGGAAAGCAAUGUUCAAUUUAGUUUUUCAAACUAGCUGUAGCAUUUGAUUUGUAUUACCUGCUAUUUAUACAUAGAAUUAUGGGUACUACAGACUGCUGUUAUUUUCUUUGUUAAUUAUCCAGAACAGUCAUCCAUCAUCAAUCUAUUUCUUUCUUUAUUUUUUUUAAAUUCUAAUUUAAUAUUUUAUAGGAAUUUUUUUGUACCCUCUUUUUAUACAGGAUUGUCAGUGAUUGUAAAGUGCCCUCUGCGAUCAGCUAGUCCCAGUUCAACAAUACAGAUAAUAUUGACAUAUCAAAGUUUUAACCUGAUGUAUUUGAAUGGAAGUCCCAUUUGCUUCUCAGGCUCAUAUACAGUUGCUUAAAGUGAGGUUUUUAUCUGUAUUAAUUGCUUUUGGGAAUGAAAGAUGGGAACCAGUGUGUGAGGCAGGAGGAGGAAAAGGUGAUGUGUUUUGUGUUUCUUUGUUGUUUUCAGUUGGCUCAAUAAAAUCAACAGACCACUUUCAGUGGGAUGUAUUUCCAAAGCUAUGUGUUGGAAAUGGUCCUGUACAGUCUUUUGUUUGCUGAAAGUAUGUACCUGUAUCUUCUGUGCAGUGUUGUCUUUUUUGACCUUUUAAAAUUAACUUAAGGGUCUGAUGCUCCUCUCUGUGAUGGCAUUGACUUUGCUGGGAGCUGGUCUGUCCAUGCAACCUGAUGCUUUUCUGCCUUGACACUUUGAAAAUUUUAUGAGUUCCAGUGCAGCAAAUUAUUAAAGUGCAUGUUUAUCUUUACACUUACUGAAUCUAACUCGAUCCUGCAGAGCUCUUAAGAUGAUGCUAGGUGCUUUUCUGGGCCUUACAGUUGUGUGGGGAAUAAACCUUUGCAAAUGAGAAUGACAGCAAUUCAUGCAAUUCAUGGUUCUUGGACACAAAAUGUAAAUGAUAAUACAGAAUACAGUGGGGGCAGGUCCUUUUAUUUUCUAUCUAUCAGUGCUUAAGAAACCACCAGCCAUUUUUCGCAAGAGGAAAAGCAGCAUUUGUAAACAAUUUAUAGAAGAGUAGAGUGACUGCCUGAAUUUUCAUUCCUGUUUUUAAAAAACAUUUUAAUGUAUUGUUUAUAAUGAAGCAGUCCUAUUUGAAUAAUUCUAUUACAUUUUAUGUACAUUUUUAAAAGAAGAAAGCAAAAGCUUAAGCUUACUCUUCUCCUGGCUUUACUGACUUACCAAAAUGUUGUUCUGUUGGUUGUUUUUUUGAGAAUAUUUAGCUGGUAGAAUUCAAUAUAUUGAUGUUUUUGCUUUAAGUUAUCUACAGAUUUUUAAAGUAUCUGCAGAUAUUUUAAAAGUUCUGGAGAUCUUUGAUAUCUGUGCUCAGGUACUUUUACAAGAAGGAAAACAAAUCUAAGGUAAAUUUUAGAUAGGAGCCUUAAACUUGGGUGGGACUAAUGCUAAAUGAUUGUCAUGGAGCAUUCUUGCAGAUGUAAUGUUUUAUGCUUUUUAGCCAGAAGUGAUUAUCAUCUGAGUUGUCUGUUUGUUAUUCAGUUAUUCUUUCCAGUCAGUACCUUUAGUCUAUUGUUUCAUUUUUUUUUCUUUACAAAGCAUAUCAGCAGAUUCUUCAAGGAACCUGUUUGUGCAUGGAGAAUUUGCAAUUUAUCUUCCCACUGUUGCAAAUUGGCAGAUCAUAUGCAUGCACUGUUUACUCAGUGGCACUGGAAAGUGAUGAAUUUGCAGAACUAACAAUUCUAUGAAUCCAUACACAAAUUCUCGAUGUUGUAUAUUCAAUGUGUUGUUCCAUUUAUAUAACAUAAUCAGUGCUUUAGGUCCAUUCUCUUCUGUUCUAGUCAGUCCUUUCAGUGUUGACAGCAUCCUGUAAAAUUUAAAUAUAUGUUGAAUUGUCCCAGCCCCGCCUCAACCUUAUGAAGCCAUAUUGUAUUUUUUUGGUGACAUGUACAUCUGUUUUAUGCAUUUGUACAUGUGAUGUAAAUUUGAAGUAUUUUUAACAAUGUGUGCCUUUACUCUAAAGUGAUUUAAAGUAAACAGCAGUAUGUUCUAUUAUAUAAAAAAAUAAAAUAUUUUAACCACCA